GCCACGCUCAGUGGGAGGGGAAGUGCAACGCAAAGGCAAAGAGGUCAAGAGGAGGGGAGGAGGAAAACCACGUGUGAUCACCACCAUGUACAGCACUGUCCUUCCUCGACUCGCAUAUUCAAGCAACGCUGCUGGGGGAUUUGUGUUGCCACACUGACUGCCGACCAUGGUGAGCAAGACAGAUGACAUCCCGGCGUCAGUGCCUAACUGUAAUCCGGUUGAUCUUGCGGAUGAAGCCGGGGAUGGAGCCCACGACAGCAAAGAAACCAGCAAGACACGUCUGAAGGAUUCCUGCGGUUGUGGGCACAGUGCAGAUACAGCUAUGGUGAAUGGUGACAGGGCUCAUGGGCACACGGAGGAGGCAGAAUCAAAGCAGGAUGGGAACGGUGAGACGGACGGAGGAGAGGAUUCUAACGAACAGGAAGUGAUAGUGAUCCAGGACACAGGUUUCACCGUUAAGAUCCAGGCACCUGGAACAGAGCCAUUUGACCUGCAGGUCUCUCCCCAGGAAAUGGUACAGGAGAUCCAUCAGGUGUUGAUGGACCGCGAGGACACCUGCCAUCGCACCUGCUUCUCCCUGCAGCUGGACGGAAAUGUGCUGGACAACUUUGCUGAGCUCAAGUCCAUUGAGGGCCUGCAGGAGGGCUCGCUGCUCAAAGUGGUGGAAGAACCCUACACAGUGCGCGAGGCCCGCAUCCAUGUGCGUCACAUCAGAGACCUGCUGAAAAGUCUGGACCCCUCGGACGCCUACAAUGGAGUGGACUGCAACUCCCUCUCCUUCCUCAGUAUCUUCACUGAUGGAGACCUCGGAGAUAGUGGUAAGCGCAAGAAAAAGGGCAAUGAGCUGGAGCAGAUUGACUGCACCCCCCCAGAGCACAUCCUGCCUGGCAGCAAAGAUCGCCCCCUGGUGCCACUCCAGCCACAGAACAAGGACUGGAAGCCUAUGCAGUGCCUGAAGGUCCUGACCAUGAGCGGCUGGAACCCUCCACCUGGAAACAGGAAGAUGCACGGUGACCUCAUGUACCUGUACAUGGUGACUGUGGAGGAACGCCACGUCAGCGUCACUGCCUCUACACGCGGCUUCUACCUCAACCAAUCGACUACCUACAACUUCAACCCUAAGCCAGCCAAUCCCAGCUUCCUGAGCCAUUCUCUGGUGGAGCUGCUGAGCCAGAUCAGCCCUGCCUUCAAGAAGAACUUCACUGCCCUGCAAAAGAAACGGGUCCAGAGACACCCGUUUGAGAGGAUAGCCACACCUUUCCAGGUGUACAGCUGGACAGCUCCGCAGGUAGACCACGCAAUGGACUGUGUUCGAGCUGAGGACGCCUACACCUCCCGCCUGGGUUAUGAGGAGCACAUACCUGGACAGACCAGAGAUUGGAACGAGGAGCUGCAGACCACCAGAGAGCUGCCCCGGAAGAACCUGCCUGAACGCCUGCUGAGGGAGAGGGCCAUAUUCAAGGUCCACAGUGACUUUGCGGCAGCUGCCACUCGAGGCGCCAUGGCAGUCAUUGAUGGGAACGUAAUGGCCAUCAACCCCGGUGAGGAAACACGCAUGCAAAUGUUCAUCUGGAACAACAUCUUCUUCAGCCUGGGCUUUGAUGUGCGGGACCACUAUCGUGAGCUGGGUGGAGAUGCCGCUGCCCACGCCGCGCCCACCAAUGACUUGAAUGGAGUACGAGCUUACGGGGCAGUGGAUGUGGAGGGUCUGUACACUCUGGGGACAGUAGUGGUGGACUACAGAGGCUACCGUGUCACCGCCCAGUCCAUCAUCCCAGGUAUCCUGGAGCGUGAGCAGGAGCAGAGCGUCAUCUACGGCUCCAUUGACUUUGGAAAGACGGUUGUGUCUCACAGCAAAUACCUGGAGCUGCUGGAGAAGACCAGCAGGCCACUCAAGGUCCAGAGACACAACGUGUUGAACGAGAAAAACGAGACAGUGGAGCUGUGCUCUUCUGUCGAGUGUAAGGGCAUCAUCGGAAAUGAUGGCCGCCACUAUAUUCUGGACCUUCUUCGUACCUUCCCUCCUGACCUCAACUUCCUGCCUGUCGAUGGAGAGGAGCUGCCUCCAGAGAGUCAGCGCCAAGGCUUCCCCCGCCAGCACCGCCACCGCCUGGCUUGUCUACGCCAAGAGCUCAUCGAGGCGUUUGUUGAGCACAGAUAUCUUCUCUUCAUGAAGAUGGCAGCGUUGCAGCUCAUGCAACAGAAAGCAAACAAGGACACUAAGACUAAUACACCUGCUCUCACAGAAACCUCUGAAACAACAUCAGAAAGCAAUGCUGAUACAACCCAGACACCGACCACUGCAUCAGAUUCUCUCAGUGCAGCAGAGGUCUCCACGGACAGCACAAGCCAGACAGUCAACAUCACCUCUGUUGCCUCACAGGCAGCGACUGACAGUGAAGAAAACUCUUCAAAGCCCGCCACAAACGGGCCUCUAGACCUCGCAGCCACCCAAAAUGGGGAGUGCAAGAGCCCACUGGAGGGUAAGGAGCUUGAGGAAAGUAUUCCAGGAUUAGCUCAGGCCAAAGAGCUGGCGGAGACCUUAGUUGCCGAAGAUGGAUCAUGUAUUGAUCCCAAAAGCCGUGAGGUGGUCCUCAACGCCUGCAAAGCAGUAGGCUCCAUCAGCAACACAUCUUUUGACAUUCGCUUCAACCCCGACAUCUUCUCCCCAGGAGUGCGUUUCCCAGACGACAGCACAGAUGAUGUUCAGAAGCAGAAGCAGCUUCUCAAAGAUGCUGCUGCUUUCCUGGUGUCCUGUCAGAUCCCAUCACUGGUUAAAGACUGUUUGGACCACAGCGCUCUGCCCAUGGAUGGGGCCACACUGACCGAGGCCUUGCGCCAGAGAGGCAUCAAUGUUCGCUAUUUGGGCAAUGUUCUGGAGUUUGUGGACAAGACCCCCGCCAAAGCCCAGCUGGAGCACUUCUAUAGAAUAGGAAUCAGUGAGCUGAUCACCAGAUGUGCAAAACAUAUCUUCAAGACAUAUCUCCAGGGUGUGGAGUUGUCUGCCCUCUCUGCCGCUGUAAGCCAUUUCCUAAACUGCUUCCUGAGCUCCUUCCCUGACGCUGUCGCACACCUGCCUCCUGACGAGCUGGUGUCACGCCGCAAAAGCCGCAAACGUCGCAACAGGGUCCCCGGCGGCGGUGACAACACGGCGUGGGCCAGCCUGACGCCCAGCGAGUUAUGGAAGAACAUUGCCUCUGAGGCCCAGAGCUACUAUCACUUCACCCUACAGUGUGAAAGUGCGGACCAAGUGGUGGAGAAAUACGGCCUCCAGAAAAUCACUCUACUCAGAGAAAUUUCAGUCAAAACUGGCAUCCAGAUCCUGAUAAAGGAGUAUAACUUUGACAGCCGCCACAAGCCUGCCUUCACAGAGGAGGACAUCCUGAAUAUUUUCCCUGUUGUGAAGCAUGUGAACCCCAAAGCCUCAGAUGCCUUCCACUUCUUCCAGAGUGGACAGGCCAAAGUGCAGCAAGGUUUUCUGAAGGAGGGCUGUGAGCUGAUCAACGAGGCCCUUAACCUCUUCAACAAUGUGUACGGAGCCAUGCACGUAGAGAUCUGUGCCUGCCUGCGCCUGCUGGCACGUCUUAAUUACAUCAUGGGAGACCACCCUGAGGCUCUCAGCAACCAGCAAAAGGCUGUUCUGAUGAGUGAAAGAGUCCUCGGCAUCGAGCACCCCAACACAAUUCAAGAAUAUAUGCACUUGGCUCUGUACUGCUUUGCGAAUGGCCAGCUGUCGACCGCCCUGAAGCUGCUUUAUCGCGCCCGUUACCUCAUGUUGGUGGUUAGCGGGGAGGACCACCCCGAGAUGGCACUGCUAGACAGUAACAUCGGGCUGGUGCUGCACGGAGUGAUGGAGUAUGAUUUAUCGCUGAGGUUCCUGGAGAACGCCUUGACCAUCAACACAAAGUACCACGGACCACGGUCCCUCAAAGUGGCCCUCAGCCAUCAUUUGGUUGCGAGGGUUUACGAGAGCAAGGCCGAAUUCCGCUCUGCACUACAGCACGAGAAGGAGGGUUACACCAUUUACAAGAACCAGAUGGGUGAGGCUCAUGAGAAAACCAAGGAGAGCUCAGAGUACUUGAAGUAUCUCACCCAACAGGCUGUAGCUCUGCAGAGAACCAUGAAUGAGAUCUACAAGAACGGCUCCAACGCCAGCAUCAUGCCCCUCAAGUUCACUGCUCCCAGCAUGGCCAGUGUCCUGGAACAGCUCAACAUUAUCAAUGGCAUCAUCUUUAUACCGCUCAGCCAAAAGGAUCUGGAGAACCUGAAGGCAGAGGUGCAGAGGCGGCAGCAGCUGCAGGAGCUGGGAAAGAGUGAGGAGCCCACUGAGGACAGCCCACUGGAACUAGAGGACAAAAUUCCCAUUGAUUAAUGUCUAAAAGCCCUCAACACAGCUACUUUCUGCUAUUGGGGGGGUGGGGGGUAAGAGGCUGUGACACAACAGCCAUGUCAGUGAGCCUGUGGACCUGAGUGUCAAUCAGCAUUGAAGUAAACGGGGAGGGAUGGGUCAUGGCAGUCCAGAUAACAAACUGUAUGAACUGUAGGACAAAUGAAUACAGAGCGGGAAUUUCCUACAAGGUAGGAAGGGAGGGAGGAGAAAGUACAAACAACUUAGAAUCAAUGUAACAUGCAAUCUGAAAAAAUCCCCGGCCCAAAAACCUGGUGAUGAAGGUGUUAGCUGCUUAGAAAGAUGAUGGCAUAUGAAAGAGUGGUUGCAGCCGGGGGAGGGAGACCAAGGAUGAUCAUGACAUUAUAUACCAGAGCCUUAUCCACUGUACCAUAUUCCCCCAAUAAUGCUUCUUCUCAGCUCAAACUUCCCCCAGCACUGUUAGCCCAGGACCAGAUUUUGCCCCGCCAUUCGCUGACAAUCCUCGAAGACCCCGGGCAUGUAGCCACCCCCCACCCCCAACGGUGCUCUAAAUGACAAAGCACCUACCCUGUCCUCCAACUCAGGGGUACUUUCUACUGUGCACUAAGACCAGAAUACAGUUACUAAAUUUGAGAUUUUUCAAGUGGGGCUUCAGAAUGUAAAUUCCCUUCUUCUUAGUAGCUUCUUUGAGCCACUUUGCAGCAGUCACACAUCAUUCUUACACUUCCCCGAAGGUUAAUUAUGUAAUCUGUUUUUUCUGUUUCUCCAAGCAAGCAAACAAUACAAAGGCACAUUAGUGAGCUUUCCACCGGUUUGAUUUCAUUUGCUGGAAAAAGAAAUAUAUAUAUAUUUUUUUUUUAAUAAAAUGGAUUUUGUAAAAGUGCACAGGAGAAUUAUGAAGGUAUUUUAGGCCUGUUGAUCAUCACUUAAUUUAAGCCAUGGCUGUUUUAUAGAAAAUGUAUAGUAGUGGAAAAAGAUGUAUAAAUCACUAUCAAAUUUAGACAGGUACUUUGAUUGAUGUUAAUGGAAAAACGCAGAUUUGAAACGUCCACCUUAAGCAGUAGAUUUAUCUAUCUAUAUACUAGCUGUGUUCAAUCUUCUAUUUUUACACAUUGAAAGAAUAUGUGCAUGUGUGUUUGUAUGUGUGACAGUGUGUGUGUCUUUGUGUAGCCCAGCAGAACAUCUAUUGGCCAGGGCUGUUGCUGCUUUUGCUGCUGCGUAGUUUAAAUAGAAGCUAAGUGAACAUUGGCUUUCCAAAUGUUUUAUUUUUCUACUCAUAGCAAACCUGUUGGAUGGCUGAUGCCUCUUUUCUUAAAAACAUUCAUGGCCACCAAUGUUAUUGUAAGAAUUGGUACUGAAAUUAACCUUGUCUCACCUUGAGACAGGUGCACAACAGUGGAAGUAGUAACUGAUUUAUUGUUGCUGGGUGUUUUUUAGUAUUUUUUUUUCCUUUUUCCAUUAUUUGGUCAUCUUUUCAUAAGUGAGACAAAAAAACCAGCCAGGAGUGUCUGUUCAUUGAGCAGUGUUUAGUGCACUUUCUCGUGCUGUUGGGAUGUGCGAUCAUGUUCCAAAAGUGGACAAAAGAAGGGCUGCCUCAAUGUGAUGUACCAAAAAAGACUUAUAAAGGUUUGUUUGCGCUUGUAUACAUGCAAUGUAUCCCUCCCAUGGCAAUUUGUUACUUAAUUGUUGCCGUGUCUAAAUGUAUGUGAUUAAAGCAAUAGAGAGAUGGUGCUGGAACUGCUUGUUUUUCGGAAAUGCUGUUUUUACUUGGCACAAGACGUGUAAGAUGGACUACUUGCUGUACUGGCUGAAUUCCUGAAAAUAAGGGAGCCGUAUUAAAAAAAACAAACAAAAAAAAGGCGAGCACUUCAGACUGGGUGAAUUAGUGAUUUGCCUGAUUGUGCUCCUAAAACAUGAUGUCAAAACAUCAAUAGCAGAGCGUGGUGUGUAUCGUGCCUAUUAUUUAUGGAACCACGGUGAUAACAGGUAAUAACUUUACAAUUUAUAAAGGUGAAAUGUGCUUCUUCAUUUUGUUUUCUGGGUUUCUUAUAUCAUUUUUUUUUAAUCUAUUGACUUUUUUUUUCUUGCUCUACAGUAAUACCACCAGUGUCCAUAAGGUGGCACUCUAACAUUUCCUUCGUUGUGAAGGACAUACAAUACAUUGACCUAGAUGACCGGAGAUGUUGGAGUGCAAGUGCACACAAAAACAACACAUGCUUCAGUUGACUUAGACAAAUUAAAAUGAGGGAGAUUUCAUUUUUAGCUGUUUUUUUUUCUAGAAAGUAUUCCUCUGGGCCAAAAUUACAAAGACUGCUACCUGUUGAACAAGUUCUGAACCUGUUGAAAUCCCAGCAGCACUGAGUCUAUUGUUUGGGCAUUUUAAUAGUUUACGAUAUAGAAUAAACUCAAGAAGGAUCUAUUGUUGAACUAUUUGUCUGCAGCGAUGCUCUGUUGCUCUUUUAACAGUGCUUUUGUUUAGUUCGAGACAUCAAUCUGACGCCAGUAGAGUUCAGUGUAACAUUUCUGUUUUGAAUAGUUUAGCUGUUAAAGUGCUUGAGAUGUUAUUUCAUGUUAUUAGACGUUGGCAUCAGAAGUGGGGAAAAAACCAAGAAGACAUACAGUAUGGUGUAAUACAGCGAAGUGUAUUUCACACAUAAUUUGCAUAUAUACCAUUUUCAGUUACUUUGCAAUCUGAAUGUCUGAAAUGCAAAGCAAGUAUGGAAUAUGAAUGUUAAUUUAAUGUGUAUAUAUAAAUAUAGAUAAGAAAUAUUAAUUUCAUUUUCAGAUAUGGAAGAGUAUCUACCCCCAAAUAUUAUGCUAAUCAAUUGCAUUUAUUGUGACAUCUGAAAUGAUGAUUGUCUGAGGGUUUAGGGUUUUCUCAGCUGAUGAAAGUGUUUGAGUUCGAUUCCCCUGAUGAUUUGUGGAAUUUGUGUGUUGCUCUUUGCAAAAUAACAACCUAAUUAUA